UUAAAGCUCAGUGCAUCCCCAGCAUCCUCAGGAGCCCUCCUGCAAGGCCACCAAGAUGAGACGGCUCUGCCUCUCCGCAGCCCUUCUCUUCCUCCUGGUUAUCCUGGUGGACAGCACCCCAGUGAAUAUACACCAUAUCCAGGAUGAAGGUGUGGAGACAAGCCAAAGAAAGGGACUUGAGAAGCGUUCAGUAAUAGAUGUGGUUACAAGUAUCAUCGAUGGUGUGGCUACAGGUACCAAGAGUACACUUUCCAAGACUGCCUAUAGGAAACCCUAUAUACUAACAGGAUUGGCUGAAACAAUCAAUAAAACAAUUAAAGGUCAGGUGACGAUUUCCAGAAUACAGUUUGAUAACCAUACACUAAUAGAAUUGCCAACACUCAACAUUGAAUACUCAGCACUCAGUGAGGAGAAUAAAGGUGUGGAGACAAGUCAUAGAAGGGGACUUGAGAAGCGUUCAGUAAUAGAUGAUACAAGUAUCAUCGAUGGUGUGGCUACAGGUACCAAGAUUGUCCAAAAGGGAGCCAGUAUACUAACAGGAUUGGCUGAAAUAAUCAAUAAAGCAAUAAAAGGUCAGGUGAUGAUUUCUGGCAUACAAUUUGAUAACCAUACACUAGAGGAAUACCAAACACUCAAGAUUGAGUACUCAACACUCUAUAAGGAGAAUAAAGCUUCUAAGCCUGCCUUCUGCCUGGAGCCUAAAGUAACAGGUAGCUGCAAUACCAUGAUGACCAGGUACUUCUACAAUGCCCAGACUGGCCUCUGUGAGCAGUUUAUGUAUGGUGGCUGUGAAGGAAAUGCAAACAACUUUGAAAAAUUAGAGGACUGCAUGAAGACCUGCUCUCAAGAGGCUGGGUCCCUGUGAGGACACGCGAAGAGUGGAUUCAGGAACGCUGAAGUCUGAGGAGGACCCCUGCAGGGCUGGGCUGUGGCUGCGUCUGAACCUCUUCAGUCUCCUCACAGUCCUUCUCUGCCCUACCCUCCUCAGCAGAGCCUGCCUUUUCCUUUCCUCCAUUGGUCAACAUGUCUAAUUCUGUCUCUACCAGCUGGUUCUCAGCA